CACGGAAUAAUUGGGCAUAUUUAUUUAAUUAUUUUGUAGUUUUUCAAUAUUUAUAUCCUAUUUUUGCUUAUUACUACUAUUUAAAAUGAGUAGAAACUACCAGGAAGAUCAAAGCAAUGAAAUCGAGGCCUUGGACUCCAUAUAUUGUGGCGAUAUGGAGAUUUUGGAGACAGAGCCUUUUCACAAAUUUCAAAUACCCAUAGCCACCGAAGAGUACGAUAAGGAGCAAGGUGAUAAUGGUUUGGCCUGUUACUUGGUGUUUACCUAUACACCCACUUAUCCCGAUGAAGCUCCACUGGUGGAAAUCGAUGAGCCGGUAAACUUUGAUGACGGCUAUGAAAAGAGACUUUUGGAACAUGUAGAAAAAUCAAUAGAGGAAUAUAUUGGCAUGGAAAUGAUAUUCAGUUUAGUGAGUACAGCCCAAGAAUGGUUAAAUGAGAGAUGGGAUGAAUUCACAAAAUCCAAAGAAGAGGAGGCCGAACGUAAACUUUAUGAAUCCGAAGAAGCAGAGCGUAAGAAAUUCGAGGGCACACGUGUUACCGUGGAAACUUUCAUGAAAUGGAAACUCGACUUUGAGGAAAGCACAGGAAUAGCGGCCAAACGUGAAAAAUCAACAGAAUCGAAAAAACUUACAGGCCGAGAGUUGUUCAUGUGCGACAACACCCUUAAUGAUUCUGAUAUUAAAUUCUUGUUGGAAGCUGGUGACAGCAUUGAAAAUGUUAAAAUCGAUGAAACCUUGUUCCAAGGAAUUGGUGAAAUUGACUUGGAUGAAGAGGAUGAGGAUGAUGAAGAUUGGGUACCCGGUGAUGACGAUUAAAUUAAAUUGAAUACUCUAUAAUAUAUCUUUGAGUUUUAAGAA